AUGCAAGAGUGCCUCCAGAAGCGUCAUUGCAAGGAUAAUUUGAGAUUCUUGAUGAUGAGAGAAACCGAUGAACCUCUCGAGCCGGGAUCUGCCGCCGUGAUGUAUUUCUUUGUCAAACGCUUGAAAAGCGCCGACCAUCCGCUCCAGGAGAAAUGCGAAGAUGCGGCGGCGGUGGUGUCACUGGAUGAUUCCCCCGUGGCUUCUAGACAGACAUUUGGCCGCAAGAAGUGCAACGCCGCCGACUGGGACGGAGAAAAGGAAGAAGUGAUGCCAAAAAAGAAGAGACGUCCCACCGACUCGAUUGAAAAUAAAAAUAAAGAUUCCUUGAAAGCGCUUUAUGAUCGUACCCCG